AUGAAGAGAGUACCGGGUUCCGUUCUUCCGCAAACACCACCACCACCAUCACCACCACCAUAUCAAACUGGAAUAGGGUUAGGAACCAUCGUUACCAUCUACCUAACCUGCAUUAUCAAUGGGUUCGACGUAAGUAACGUUGCCAACAUCCAACCACAGCUUUAUGAAGCUUUUGGCCAUAUCGAGUUUCUCCCUUGGAUUGGACUUUCUUACUCUCUUGCAAACUUUGCCACACUGGCGUUUGCUCGUAAGAUCAUCGAUUUCUUCAAUAUCCGUUACGUGUACAUCGUCAGCAUCGUCGUCUUUUUCGUUGGUGCGACUCUAGCGGGCGUAGCGAACAACAUCUCCACGGUCAUCGCUGGCCGAGCGAUCAUGGGGAUUGGAGGUUCUAUUUGUCAAAACUGUGCGAUAUCAUACUUUGCCAUGUAUGCAACGGAUAGUCAAAGUCCUCUUCUAUACGGCAUAAUGAGCGGGUUAUGGGCCAUUGGCCUUGUGGUAGGAGGCCCGGUAGGUAGCGCGUUUGCGGAGGGCUCGACCACGUCUUGGAGGUGGGCUUUCUUCAUCAAUUUACCCUUCUUGGGUCUUGCCAUCAUCUGCGCUCUGAUCUUUGUACCAAGCAGACCGGCUUCUGAUGGUCUUCCUCUGCGAGAUCACCUUGCUGAUACUGACAUCCUUGGGAUUGUCCUCCCAAUUACUACAACUAUCUUAUUCGCUAUCGCCGCCACCUUUUCUGGUCCUGUAUGGGAAUGGAACUCGGCCCCUGUAUCGCCAUCUGGGCUCUCUUCGCCGUCGUUCUCGCUGCCUGGGGUUUUCAGCAACUUAGAAGCUACCAGAGUCGACCUGGCUAUCAAGUGA